UUAAUAUUGGCUGAUCCUGGCCAAGCACAACGGGUCCUGAUGGGGGACUCAGGAUCAAGACGUUCCAUCAUUGUGUCCCGGUUGCCAAUAUUCCGGAGAAGUAUUAGCCGAAGACACGAUUCCCUUCCGUCAUCACCAACUUCCAACAAUACCAUUGGUGUUCACAGUUCUUCUCCCUCCAGCACCAAUUCUAGCUCAGGUAGCACAGGAAAACGUAGGAGCCUUUUCCGCACCCCUUCCAUUAGCUUCCACCACAAGAAGGCGAGUGAACAGAAAACCGAAUCUCCAAACCAAAACGUGGGCAUUUUGAAUGGUGCUCAGUCUAGCCACAACAACGCCCUGCAAAAGCUCAAUUUGGAGGAGCAUGUGAAAAGCAGAGGGAGGCAUUCAGUAGGCUUUGGAAGCUCUCGGAGCAAGAAGAUAACAAGGUCUUUGACGGAAGACUUUGAAAAGGGAAAGGAGCCUUCGACCAAUAAAAACGUCUUCAUAAAUUGCAUAAGGUCUGGGAGAAAUGAAGGCGAUGACUCUGGCUUUACAGAGGAACCAAGCCGGUUCUCUGUUAAACAUUCCUCGAGGAAACUCCUCCCCAAAUCCUUCUCAACACACUACAAGUUCUCAAAGCCAGUCCCUCAAAGCCAGUCGGUUUCCUGCGUGCCGCCAUCUUCUUGCUUGUUGGAUAUAAAACCCAACGUUGAAAGUGAGCCCAUGUUGAAGAAGUCCCCUCCUUCGUGUUCCGCUGAGGUCAUAGAAUGUGUAGGGAGCUCUUUACAUUCGCCGAUGCUUUCCGCUGACCUGACCACGGUACAGACCCCUUCCGAGUUUCUAGCAUUGACCGAAGAUUCCGUCUCAGAGGUUGAUGGCCUGCCCAACUGUGGAAACGCACACACGGAAACCUUUGCCCACAAUGUUUCUACCUCUCAAAUUAUCCCCAGUCCUGUUGCUGCUCCUCCUUCUCUUCUUUCAAGGGAAACAGAUCUUACGGAAAGUAUUUCCCAUUGUGCGGUUAUAUCGCCUGAAAGUUACAGGGCCAGAAACUUACUGCUCAGUGAAGCUAGUGCCGCCUCUGAAACCCUUGAUUCUCACAGAAACCAUGCAAAAGUAUUAUUGCAAGAGCUUCCUGCGAAACAGACCAGCCACCUAGACAAAGCAAACUCAGGAGCUGAAGCACAAUUAAAACCCUUUGUCUUAAACCAGGGAGAAAUAACUGAAUAUGCUUCAAAAGCGCAGGGAUCACGUAGGGACCAACAAGAAAUAAGAGCACCUGAACACAUGGAAGAAGCCAACCUAGGAACCGAGUCCAAGAUCUUCCCUUUGUCUUCUGAACCACAGGCCUCUCAAAAGCAGCAGGGCUGUGAAAUAAACCACACCAAGGUGGCUCUUGCUAGUAGUUUUAGCCCAUAUCGAGAAGGAAGAUUCAUAGAAAAACGUCUCAGAUCCUCAUCAGAAGGUACUGCUGGGAGUAGCCGGAUGAUCUUAAAACCAAAGGAUGGAAACCCAGAAGAAAUGAACAGUUUGCGAAAGCAAAGAACGGGUUCCUCAUCGUCUAAAAUGAACAGCAUGGAUGUUUUGAACAACUUGGGCUCCUGUGACCUGGAUGAAGAUGACCUCAUGCUUGACUUGGAAUUCCUAGAAGAGCAGCAUCAUCGACAUUCAGUUUGCCGGGAAGAUUCACACCAAUCUAUAGUCUCUUGUGCUGCUGUGCUACUGACACCCAUUGAACCAGCUGCUGAAGGGAAGAAGAAGGAACAGCCAAAAAUGCCUGAAGUGACCAAACAGAAUCUUUCUCUCAAGUUGUCAAAGGAGGUGGAUCGAGGAGAAGUGAAAUGUCCUCGUGUCAGCCAACUUGCCAGCAGCCCGUCUGUGGAAUGGCCUUUUGCAGCCAUGGAAGAAGGUGGAGGGAUGGAGUCUUUGCCCUACCGGCUGAUGAUGCAAGACUGCACAGCUGUCAAAACAUUACUACUGAAAAUGAAGAGGGUUCUCCAAGAGAGCACAGAUAUGAGUCCUGCGAGCAGUACCAACUCGCUUCCUGUUAGUCCGCUUACUGAAGAACCGUUGCCGUUCAAGGAUAUAAUGAAAGAUGAAUGCUCGACGCUGAAGCUGCAACUGAAGGAAAGAGAUGAACUCAUUUCCCAACUCCGCGAAGAGCUGGAAAAAGCCCAACAUUUACAGAGUACCCUUGUCUCUCAAGUAGAUAAAUCCACACAGACUGAACUUGUAGGUCACGAUGCCCUGUGGAAUUCUUCAUGUACUGAAGGUUCAGUUUACAAACCUCUCAGCAUCUCAUUGGUACCAACAUUAUUUAAUUAAAUAGAAAGUACUGGGACACACACUACAAGAAAAUUAGUUUAACUUUUGUGGCCUGUAUAAAGAGAACUCUGCAUUUGCUGCAAGUGCUUGUCAUACUUAACAACAUUUCUAAUGUUGCAGGAAAAAAAUGCCUUAUUCAAUAUAAAAAAAUAACAAGAAGUAUUCUUUACUAUUCUCAGCUGCAUUAACAAAUAGUUGAUUAAAUUAUUACCAGUAAAUUAUUACAAUUUUUUGCAAAAUAAAAAUAAAAUAUACUUAAUAUUUCAUAA